AUGGACGAGCUACGCAGCGGAGGGGAUAGCGAUAGCGACGAGACCAUCAUAGAGGGCUCAGUGGCAGAGAGUGAUGUGGAAGACGCAGAGUUCCGGGCUACCUCUCCGGAGAUCUGUUUUAUACAGAAAUUUUGUGAUCACACAUAUAGUAAGGAGAUAGAACAGAUAAAUCCAGGAGGUAUAGAAAUGAUAUCUAAAGAGGCAGGUGCAUCUGACCAAUCUCAGUCUCUUCUUCAGGAUUGGAUAAAAUGUCCAUCACUUACUGAAAAUACUUCUAAGCUUGUUUUUUCACUAAAUGCUGCAGCAGAGGGACAGCAAACUGGUUCUGUAGGUACAAAAUUGAAUGGAUUUCAGAAGGAUUCAAAAGAAAAGGAUAUAAUAACCAUUCCAAAGGAACAGACAUCACAAGAUAUAUUUAUGCUAGUUUUAGAGGAUUGCCAGAACUGCGUGACAAUUAUUGACACAGAUAACACAGUGAGAGAACAUUCCUCUAAUAAUGAUACAGAUCUUUCACUGAUAUCUCCGGGGAAUUUCAUGGAAGCAUCUACUGGAGUAGAUACUGUUGAAUUUGAAAUUAGAUAUUUAUUGAGAUGCUUCAGUGAUUCUGAGAGUCAUAAAAUAAUAAACCCAUUGCCUGACAAGCUCGAGUGUCAGGGUCAUGCCUUUUCCAUUGAUCCAUCAGCAGAUGAGAACAGUGAUGCCCUGCCAGUACAGCUUGAGACAGCUCUGAACGCCAUGUCAGGAACUCUAGUGCAAUCUGUCACUCCUGUAGUGCCAGAUGAGAGACAGCUGAACACUGAGAGAGAGCAGUUAAAUUCAUAACUCGGUGUUCCUCAGUUAGAUGAUGACUAUAGACAAAUAACAAACUUGAUUGAGCCUCAACUUGCUACAAUUCCGGUGGAAGAAAUAAAAGCCUGAACAGGAUCUAACUUGCAGAGGACAAAAAAUGAGCAACCUGUGAGUGAUCAGAGAGAAAAAGAUGUAAUUUCAAAUUACUGGAGUGUUGCCUCUAGUGAAAAACAAACUAGUGAGAGAAGUUCAUAUUCAUUGGAGGCUGCAGGAUGCGCAGAAACAGCUGAAACAGCAUCAAGGGAAGUGAUGCAGCUAAGAGAGACCUCCCCAAGAAAGCAAGGAAGUCGUGAUUGCAAUCAUUGCCAAAUACUAGAAGAGACUCAGCAGAGGACAUCUCACAGUGAUGUUACAAGAACAAAAGCUAAGAAUUUUGAAACUCAGAAAUUGGCUUCUAAAGACAAGCUGGAUCUAGAAACCAACAUAUACCAAGAAAUAACUCUGAAUGAGGAUAGAGAUAGUAAUGAGAGAAGAUGGAGCAAGAGAAUAAAAAACAAACUGAGACAGGACGCCUUUUCUAGGAAUUCUGCAAAUCGUGGUUACCCCAUUCCACUUUCAAGAACCAACAGAAGGGAUAUUUAUGGUGAAACCUUACUACAUAAAGCUGUUUUUCAUGAAGAUUUAGACCUUGUACGUAAUAUAAUAAAAUCUGGUGGGAAAAUAAAUGUAUGUGAUUAUGCCGGUUGGACUGCACUACAUGAAGCAAGUGUGAAAGGCUUAUAUGCGAUAGCAAAUGACCUUUUGAAAGCAGGAGCUGAUGUUAAUGCCAAAGGAGAUCAUCAAAUAACACCAUUGCAAGAUGCAGUUAGAGAAGGCCAUUAUGAGAUGACGGAGUUAUUACUUUGGUAUGGAGCUGAUCCCUUAUUAGAAGAUGAUAUGGGAAGAUGUGCAUUAAACGAAGCUUCUGACCCAUCUAUGAGGAAACUGCUUAAUAGAUAUGUAGCAAAAUCCAGAAGAGAUCUAGUAACAGGUGGAGGUCAUUCAGACAAUAUGUUGAAUAUUCAAAGUGUAGAGGAUACAACCCACCACCAAAUUUCCUUACAGACAAAUGAGUCAGAACAGGCGUGUGCAAAUCUUGUACAUUCAGGCAGCACAGACAUAUUGCAACAGACUGUGGUGGAUGAGAUGCAAAACUUCUGUACUAUGUCUCAAAAUGGAAACAGCUGCAUUGAACAAACAGUUGAAGCAACUCCAGAGACACUAGUAGUACCUGAUCUUUUAGCAGCUACCAAUGGAGAGAAUGUUUCUGGAAGUCUUUAUAAUUCUACCAGUGGUGUACUAAGCACCAAUGAGCAACCAGAGAGAGAAGCGACCAUCCUGCUUAAUGCAGAAGAAAGUGUUGAAGGGUGUCACAUGGAAACUGAAAAUGCUGGUAUAUCAGAGGUGGACCCUGUAGCUUUACAGCUCCAUGAAGAGGACACACUUCAAAUUACACAAAAGAGAGAGGAUCUUCAAGAGUCCAGUUCAAAAGCAGAUUUGCAUCUUGAUGUUAGUGCAGACAGUAAGUCUCCUUAUUCAUUUCAGAUUGUGGAAAAUAUGCAGAAAGAAAUCUCCCAGAAAAUGGAUGCCAUUUCUUUUGUUAAACUAACAGAUGGAACAGCGUUUGCUGAAGUCAGUGGAACAGAAGGCACUGAAAAAAGUGGAGAAGAAAAUGCAAAGAGCAACAUGCUUUCAGAAUUUAUUGAAACAGAAGUUACCCAAACUAAAAGAGUAAGAUUAGAUUCUCAGGAGACACCCCAAAAGGCAGCCUCAUAUUCCAGUAGCAGUAAAAUCAAGCUUUCAUCUAAUCAAUCACAAUUCAGUCAAGCAUCAAAACAGCAAGCAUCCAUGGAAUCAGAAUCCUCCCUCUCUGCCAGAAAAGAAGCUGUGAUUUUACAUAAUGACUGCACUACAAGAGCUGUGAGAAAGUUGAAAAAGAAGAUAAAUGAAAAAGGAGAGACUCAGCUGCAUAUUGCUGCUAAGAGAGGAAAUUUGUCUUUGGUGAAGACUCUAAUAUCAUCUGGAAUUUGUGUCAAUGAACAGGACUACGCAGGUUGGACAGCUCUUCAUGAAGCUUCCAACAGGGGUUUUACUGAAGUGAUCUUAGAAUUACUGAAAGCUGGUGCUAAUGUUAACAGCAGAAGUCUGGAUGGUAUUUUACCAAUACAUGAUGCUGUUUCUGGCAAUUAUUUGGAGGCAGCCAGGAUUCUACUACAGCAUGGAGCAAAUCCCUGUGAGAGGCAUCAGUCAGGGCAAAGUGCUUUGGAUGAAGCUUAUGAUGAUGAAAUGAAAGAACUGCUGAAAUCUUACUGUGCUAUGGACUCUCUACUUCCUGUUGAGACUGUUGAAGUUACAGAGAUGAGAUACCCUUCUAGGUCAAGAAUAUCAAAACAUGCUUAUUGCAAUUACUGUGAAAAUGGUGAUGCAGCUUUGGAGCCACAACACAAGAAAUACAAUGAAUCUGUUGCUGCCAUACAAGAUGCAGAAGAAAAGCAGAAGGAACUAUUGCUGCUUGAAUUGAGAUCUUCCAAAGAUGCAGAUAUAUAUAUCCAAAGGCUGUUUGAGAUGCAAGAUACUUUGAAUGAAAUGCUUGCAAAACAGAAAACAGAAAGGGAUGCCCUUGCUAAAAAAUACAGGGCUUCAGUGGAAUCUUUUAAAAAAGGAGCACUGAGAAAACAGUUAGUUGACCUUGCUUCUAGGCAAAAGAGUCUGUUGACUGUUGCCCAAACCCAGGAGGAAUUAAUCCAGAAAAUACAAAAUUACAGAAAAACAAAGCAAGUGUUCCGUUCAUCAUGUUCAGAGAAGCUAAUCUCAAGCUUAGUUAUUUCCUGUGGUAAUGAUAAAGAACAAAGUUUAACUGCUGAUGAAAUCACGUGUCCUGAUGUAGUUUCAUUUAGUAUGGGGCUUGGUGCCAACGUGCCUAAUAGAAACAGAGUAGAAGCACACCCCUCUUUAGAAAAUGGAUUUUCAGCUCAGGAGUGCAGCCAACAUCCACAUGUCUGCUUGGAUGAGACAGGAGCAAAUAAAGAAGCAAUUAGAAGCCAAAAGGCUUCUGAUCACACUUGGGCAUCUGAAAACAGAGUAAGAGAACGUCCCUUCAACAACAUGUCAAAGCUUACAAGUGCUGUAGAAGUGGUGGCAUUAUCUUCAGAACCUACUGUUUCCACUGCUAAAGCAAAGUGCUCACAGCAAAAAGACAUUGAUUGUGUAGCAAUUGCAGAAUGGGGAAACCAGUCUUUAAAUCCCACUUCAGUCACCAAUGUAUUAAAUAUUGUAGAACCCCAAAGCACUGUUGUCAAUAAGAGUGUCUGUCAGACAGGCAGUGACUGCCAGCAGGUUCUUACAGAUGAAAAUCUACAGAGAUAUGUAAAUAAGAAAGAAGCUUUCCAGCAGCAGCAGCAAGUAAUUUUGUCAACGUCUACAAAGAACCUCCCUAAUACUCUGCAGGAAAUGGUCCUUCGGAACAGUGAGAACUCAUUUAAUGUCAACUCAGUGCUUACAAAUCUUACCUUAAAUACAGAUUAUCCAGCAAACCUCAGUGAGAAAUCUUCCCAGAGCUAUAGUGAUCAGGAAUAUGAACCAAGCCAAGUGAGGUAUGAAAGAAAAAAUAAGAAAAAGCUUCAAUUAAUAGAUCUACUUCAAUUGGGAAGGAUUAAACCAGGAGAAAAUGUUUUAGAAUUCAAAGUGCAGGACUUUACCUAUAAAGCCACGAUCUUAAAAAAUGGCAAGAUCAGAACAAGUAAGAGACAAAUACUGCAGAAUCCAGUUCAGUGGGUUAAAGACCUACUAGGAAAUGAUAUUUAUGUGACAUGGAAAUAUGUGUGGAAUAAGGUAACAUAUCUUGGGACACAGCUGUCAAAAUUUGUAUCAGUUUCUAGUGACCUGGAAUUACGAUCUCAAGAAAGAGAGCCUUUGGGAAAGACAUCUGUCAUGACUGACCCCGGCACCAUCCAGCACCAUCAGAAUCCUGUCUACAUUGCUCAGCCUGGUGGGAGCUUUGACCUGAGAAGUAUGCAGCCAAAAGUGCCAUCCUUACCAACAGCAGAAGUUAGGAAAACAUUGCUGUGCACUGAAAGAGAAGCAGCUGUUUCCAGGGAAAUGAACAGGUCUUCUGUCCAGUUCAACUCAGUGGAAAGUCUGACACAUUUUCUUCAAUUCCAUGACAUGAUAAUGAUACGUAAAGAGGAGUUUUUGCCAUGCUCUCUAAUGGAAAAGCACUGGAGUUUCUACAAAGGAUGUAAAGACUUUGGAUUCUAA